AUGGCUGAAUCUCAAAAGGACGUGAUCGACAACAAGACUGGCUCACCUAUUCCGCUUGGCGCUACAACAAGGCAUCACGAACAGUCUCACAUUACUGCAACAUACGCAAUCAUUAGGAAACUAUGGCGACCAUGACAACAACCACCGUCGCAAUGAGCUCGCCACAGGUUGAUCAGCCUCCAAGCAUGCUUUCAGCAACAAAGACAAGCGAGCUGUUGCAGCUGAAUCACGACAAGUAUCACAUAUUCUUCGACAACUUCACCAAAAUUGGGCUGGCUAUGCACAAUCACAUUCCUCAUCAGGUACUCACUCUCCUCGCACUGGGUGCCUCAGCGGAAGAGAUCCAGAAAGGCUAUGAUGCAAGCGCAGCCUAUCAGCGGACGUCAGGUUCUGUGGACUACGAUGCAGUGUCUCAGAUGAGUAGCUGGCAAGGUCUGCAAAGCUUCUAUGGGGAUGAAUCUUACUAUCGAAGUUACUUGCACUUCUUCAGCCAGGAAAUCGAGAAGCGAGGAUGGCCUUCUGUGCUUCAGAAAUAUCUUUUUGCUGGAACUGAGGAAAGUGAUCGCUUAUUGGCACGACACUUCGCAGGUGUCGUCCAUCCCAUAAUCCACCUUGGAUUUGGAGUGGAGUUCGAGGCUCCCGGUGUGAUUGCGGAAGCACUUGCCCAGGCUGCGAUUCACGACAAUCGCCAUUGCGAUGCAAUCGCUCGGAUUCUGCUGUCGGCUGAUGCAUUAGUGGAAAGCGGAAGUGCUUCGCCGUGCCGCUCUAUCGCCGAUUUAAUCGACGAGAUUCAAUGCGACGAGAAGCUCAGAGAUGCCGCAAGGCCCUCUGACAUGAAUCCGCUCCUCAUGGGGACUAUCGGAAGAGCCAAUGAUCGAAUGGCCAGCAUCGCUGCCAAAUUCCAAGUCUUACCGGAUUCGGCAGACAUCGAGCGUAAGACUGCAGAGAUGUACAACGCGGUGGUUUGUUACACUGCAGGUGCGCAGCGAGCGGACCGGCACGUCAAGUUCGACUUCUUCUACAUGCACUGCGUCAAUCUUUCCCUGUUCCUCGAAGUCUUCCGAAAGCAAGACUGGAUGACAGAUGCGCAAAAAGCCCGGCUCCUGCAAUGGAAGGUUUCCAUGGACUUGGCGAUCUACUCCUCCAGAGGUGCUCCUGAGCCACAACUGCACGAGAUUCGCAAUCACAAGCCUAGCAAGCCCUCGGGAUGGGACGGUAUCAUACAACGAGCUAUCGAUUUUCACGACGACUGUCACGUUGUUAAACUGAUUCGAGCCUUGAUUCGAGGACAGUCUAUCUGCGCACCCUAUGAGGACUGCGAUGAGUUCCGCAUCAAACGCAACGACUGGCUGCAAAUCGGUCACAUGGUCGUCGAUUCUGUCUCGACAGGCGAACCAUACUGGAUCAGAUCUGCUGGGUUCGAUCAUGCGUGGGAAGAUGUGCCUUUGCGACAAUAA